AUGUCUUCAGAUGCCCCGCAAAUCAACGUGACAGUCUCUGUAUAUAAAUCCGAUGAUUCCUCGGAUAAUCCGACUGGGGCUUACAUUUAUAUCGCUUGUUUCUUCGGCACUGCCAUUUUUGGCUACUUUUUUGGGAAAAGAAUCUGGACAGCAUGCGUCCAAGGUCCGAGACGAUGCGUUAACAGAUUGAGAACAAAGAGGAUCGACGAAGUGCAGUUCGCUGAAAGAGAGCUUGGAAUUGCGGCCAAUACUCCAGCUAGGAAUUUGUUCCAUUUGCAGACGCGCCGUGAUGAUGAGCCACAAAGACCUGCGCCUGUUUACCAAUUGCGGACAUAUUGA